CGCCCACCCCCCACCCCCCCUCCCGGUCCCGCGGUGCUGUGAUUUGACUGUCCAAACAGCCCGCUUCAGAGGACAUCCAUCCUCCAAGCGGGCUCCCGGGACAGUGGAGAUUAACCUCACAGCCACUCAGACUUAGAACAUCUGAAGCUUCUCCUCAUCUGAAGCAGCAGCCCCCGUAGAGAGGAGCAGCUUGAGAUCUCUACUCUGGUUUCAAGAGGAGAAGGAGGAGGAGGAGUAAGGGACGACUUCUGGUUCCAUAGAAGAGAAGAAGGAAGACAAGGAGGCUCAUCUGUGUUUUCGGGUUCCUUAAGAACGUGAGGAGUUCCACCAUGAGGAGCGUGGUCAUCCUCACUCUCCAUGUGACAAUCACAGCUCUCCUGUGUCUCUCCACUGAUGUUUGCUGCCUGGAGGUCACGCCCCGUGACGGCCAGAUCGUCCUAGCCGAGGGAUCCUCUCUCACGCUCACGUGCACGGGCGGGGGGGAGACCACCUGGGCGUUCAAGAGGGAUGAUGUGCCUUAUUUCCAGGUGGAACAAAGUCCAAACGGCGUGCGGAGCUACAAAAUAGAGCAAAAUGGCGCCAAUUCCAGUGCUUUGAGUCUAUGGGAUGUGAACUGGAAGCAUACUGGGGUGUAUCAGUGCAUUGAUGCACUCACUGGAGAAACAAAGGACAUGGUCGUCUUUGUUCCAGAUCCUGAGAUAUGGUUCAUCGAGAGCGCCCACGGCAUGCUGUCCAAGACCAGCGAAGAGACCACCAUCCCCUGUGUGGUCACCGACCCAAAAAUCAACGUCACCCUCUACGAGAAGGAAACCGACCUCCCAGUCAAAGGGGUGUAUGUAGCCAGCGAGGGGUUCACUGCGUCCCUAGAGGAUAGGACAUAUGUGUGUCGUGGAGAGCUUAACGGAGAAGUCAAAGUGUCCCAAUCGUUCUACAUCUUCAGCAUCGUCGUCCCAGAGGCCAUCGACGCCUACAUCAACGCAUCAAAGACGGUGCUGAAGCAGGGCGAGCCUCUGACAGUCAACUGCACCGUACACGGAGCCGAGCUGGUCUUUUUUUCUUGGGACGUCCCCAACCGGGAGGCCGCAGACGUGGAGCCGCUAACGGACUUCCUGUCGUCCAUGAACAUGAGGUCCUGCCUCAUCUUCCCUCGUGCCACGCUGGCCCACAGCGGAAACUAUGUGUGCCAAGUCCACGAGGGGGUCCAGGACCAGACGGCCUCCGCCAGUGUCAACAUCACAGUGCUCGAGCGAGGCUUUGUGACCAUACGUCCGACUGAGGAUCAGAAGAUUUCGGCCCUGCUGCAGAAGAACGUGGAGCUGAGAGUGGACAUGGACGCCUACCCUCCACCUCGGGUCACGUGGAGCAAAGACGGCACCGCCAUCAACGGAGACAAAACCAUCACCAACAGACAAGAGCAUGAGAUCAGGUAUGUCAGCAUCCUCACGUUGGUGCGAGUGAGGGCGGAUCAGAGGGGCCGCUACACCGCACACGUCACCAAUGGAGAUGACACUAAGGAGGUGACCUUUGACCUGGAAGUCCAAGUUCCCGCUCACAUUAAAGAUCUGACUGACCACCACCUCCCCGAGAAGAGACACCUGGUGACCUGCGUGGCCGAGGGCGUCCCACCCCCGUCCAUUCAGUGGUACAGCUGUGACAGCAUGCUCCAGUGCGGCAACAAGACUGCAAUAUGGCAACCGCUGGUACCGGAUGAAGACGUGCUGAGCAUCCACACCAACGUCACCUACAGCGAGAGCCGCAAAACCAACCAGGUGCUGAGUCGCUUGACCUUCCACAAGCCGCAGCAGGUCACGGUGCGCUGUGAGACCAGAAACCGGGCGGGGACGGUGGACAGAAGAGACGUCAAACUGGUGUCCAGCACACUCUUCUCCCAGGUGGCAGUAUUGGCUGCGGUUCUGGCCUUGGUCGUCAUCAUCAUCCUGUCCAUCAUCAUCCUUAUUGCCAUAUGGAGGAAGAAACCUCGCUAUGAGAUCCGAUGGAAGGUGAUCGAGUCAGUGAGCCAGGACGGUCACGAGUACAUCUACGUGGACCCCAUCCACCUGCCCUAUGACCUCACCUGGGAGAUGCCCCGAGACAGCUUGGUGCUGGGUCGUACCCUCGGAUCAGGAGCCUUUGGGAGAGUGGUUGAAGCAACGGCGUACGGUCUGGCUCAUUCCCAGUCCAGUACAAAAGUGGCAGUGAAGAUGCUGAAAUCAACGGCCAGGAGGAGUGAAACUCAAGCGUUGAUGUCAGAGCUGAAGAUCAUGAGUCACCUUGGACCUCACCUCAACAUCGUCAACCUGCUGGGAGCCUGCACCAAACACGGUCCCCUGUACUUGGUGACUGAGUACUGCCGCUACGGCGACUUAGUGGACUACCUACACAGAAACAAGCACACCUUCUUGCAGUAUUUUGCCGAGAAGAACCAAGACGAUGGCAGCCUGAUCUCCAGGGGAAGCAGCCCACUCAGUCAGGGCAAAGGAUACGUGUCUUUCGGAAGCGAGAGCGAUGGAGGCUACAUGGACAUGAGCAAAGACGAGCCCUCCAUCUACGUUCCCAUGCAGGAGCAGAUGGACACUAUCAAGUACGCUGACAUCCAACCGUCUCCAUACGAGUCCACCUACCAGCAGGACCUUUACCAGGAACAAGUUGGAGGCCGACUGGAUCUGGUCAUCAACGACUUGUCCACCCUCACCUACGACGACCUGCUGGGUUUCAGCUACCAAGUGGCAAAGGGGAUGGAGUUCCUCGCGUCCAAGAAUUGUGUUCAUCGGGACCUCGCCGCCAGAAAUGUGUUGAUCUGUGAAGGCAAACUGGUGAAGAUCUGUGACUUUGGACUGGCUAGAGACAUAAUGCACGAUUCCAACUACAUCUCUAAAGGCAGCACUUUCCUGCCCCUCAAGUGGAUGGCACCGGAAAGCAUUUUCCACAAUCUGUACACAACUUUGAGUGACGUGUGGUCCUACGGAAUUCUUCUCUGGGAGAUUUUCACACUGGGAGGAACCCCGUACCCGGACCUGCCCAUGAAUGAGAUGUUCUACAGCGCUUUAAAGAGAGGCUACAGAAUGUCCAAACCGGCGCACGCCACCGAUGAAGUAUACGAGAUUAUGAAGAAGUGCUGGGAUGAGAAGUUUGAGAAGAGACCCGAAUUCUCCUUCCUGGUCCACAGUAUGGGCAACAUGUUGACUGAUAGUUAUAAAAAGAGAUACAGCCAAGUCAAUGACAACUUCCUGAAGAGCGACCACCCGGCUGUGGCCCGCACCAAGCCGCGCCUGGCCUCCCCGCUACCCAGACCCGCGGCCCUCUCCUUCCCCGCAGACCCCCGCGGUCGAGACUCGCAGGAAGCCAUCCCUUCCUACAACGACUACAUCAUUCCAAUCCCGGACCCCAAGCCUGAAGACGUUUUCACUGAUAUGGAGUCGGAAAGCCCGGCGAGCUCUGUGGUUCUGGAGCUGGAAGAGACUGACUCCUCAUCCCAGGAUACUGCCGACACCCUUCCAGAAGAGGAGCGCCUGGAGGGCAUCAGCGAGAGAGACGCUCUGCUGGCUUCCUCGGGGACGCCUGAGGUAGAGGACAGCUUUCUGUAGUCGCGUUUCGGAAAAAAACACGCCUUGUACUGGGACUUUUUUUUUUGCUUUCAAUUGAACACGCUGUAAAAAAAAAAAAAGGGAAUGUGACUAAAGUAGAAUGUAGCAACAUGGAGACUAAAAGAGGCCUUGUAUUUCCGCUAAGCACUCGAAAAAAGCUUUUCUUUUUUUUUUUUAUAUCUUCUUCUUUUCUCACACUUGCUGCCUCAGAAAGUCCCUCAGUAAUAAGCAUGGUAGUGUCAUUAAUAGAACGCCGCCAUGACACACGUACGGUACAUUCCUACCCAUAUUCCAGUCAAUAUAUUUUUACCAUUAUUGUCACUUUUUCUGUAAUUUUUUUGUUGUUAGUGAAAUACAUAUUCAUGACUGUAACAGAUGUUUGAUACCUAGGUCUUAUAUUAAGAAACAAGUACAAGCGAGCCACAAGCUGCAGUCUGAUUUUCUAUGCACUGUUUUGAUGUAUACUGUAAAGACCCCAAAUAUAAUACCAUUCCCUAGGACGGUGAUUUUAAACCUUUUUUGAGACACAAAAAAAAAAUUAUUGGAAAAAUCUUGCUAACCAAAAAUGUUACAAAAUGUCACCACGACCUCACACGUGCAUUAAAAAGUCUAUCGGAGGAACAAGGCAGGUGUUGCCACACAGACCAAUAUUACAUUGCUAUGCUAGUCUUGACACCACAGACACUCGACAGUAGCAUGACGAGUUUUUCUCUUUCCGAAUGACCUUUCGGGAAACAAUAGUAUCCAUGGAAAGGAAUAUUCCAAUCUCUUGUUUACAUGCGCCGUGAAAAUCAAACAGAAUAGUCAACAGGGCAUGCCCAGUAAAACAUAAAUCACGUGAUACUGACUUUUUUUCAAGUUUUUCUUUCACUUGUUGGAAUAACUCCGUAUUGCCAGUUUUUCGUUAAUGUUCAUGUUAAAGGUUAAAUAACUGUUAAUAGUUAUCCUCCCUAUGCGUGUGGAAGUGGUAAGUUUACGGCUAUUUAAGUUUAAAGGAAAUAACUUGAAGGCUACCGUUUAGGUCGCUAGCUCUCUAGUUUGCGAGUUAGCAUGUGUCUCAAGACCCUGCAGUUGCGCAAUAUGUUGUAAAUAAAAAGAGUAUAAAUGUGACUAUAGUCGUGUUUUGUCAUGUCUACAGGGUUCUAAUAAUGCUUUGUUCAUUUUAAUCUGAAAAAAAUAAUUUUUUAUAUAGAUAUAUAUUUUCUUUUUUUAAUAAAACUGCACUUGUGAAUGGCGUAUAGAAGGGUUUAGAUUCUGUUCCACAGAUGGCGCUAAUGCACACAAAAGCUGCUUGCCAACCGCUAAUAAACAACAGAAGAAGAAAAACACCACGAAGAAGAACGCAGUCUGACAACUUUCCGUUUGAGCGGGUACAAGAUACCUCAAUCGAAUUGGUUAAAGGAAUAUUCCAUCCCUGUUCAAUUCUUCAAUUCCGUUUAAGCAAAUAAACCAAAUACAAUUGGAAUAUUUGGGUCCAUGUAUAUUAUUGACAUAAUGGCUAUUGACAUAAUAUUUGCAAAUGAUGAUUUAUAAAUGUUAAUUCUAAAAAGUGAUAUUGGAUUUUCUCAAGGUACACUAGUGUGGUUGAAAAUCACUGCCCUAGGAAAAAAAGUCUGAAAAGACUGGGAUUUAAAAAUGCAAAAGCAAGUCAGAGCUUUUCUUCCUGUCACUCACACACACACACACACACACACACACACCAAUUAUUGAUAUAUUGAAGAACAUUUAGGGUGGUCUUAUAUUGGGGUCAAUACAGUCAGAGAUGGUUGCAGAAACUAAUAUGAAAUGUUUAUCAUAUUGAAUCCAUUUUUUGAGUUGUGUGUUAUGUUUCUAUGACGUGUAUAUGCUUUUAUUUUGUAGUUUUGUGCCAGAUUUGCACUUUAUGUAGAAAAUAUAUGUACAGUAUAUUCAUGAUAAAGGUACAUCACUCUGUUAAAAUGAUUCAUGUCCUCGCUGUUAUGUGGAAAACAUUUGUGUAAGGUUUGAAAUUAGCAUAUAUCACUUUAGUCUAGUGUUUUUAUUUAUGGUCACAGCUAGGAGGACCAGGGUUCGAUUCCACCCUCGGCCAUCUCUGUGUGGAGUUUGCAUGUUCUCCCCGUGCAUGCGUGGGUUUUCUACGGGUACUCCGGUUUCCUCCCACAUUCCAAAAACAUGCUAGGUUAAUUAGCGACUCCAAAUUGUCCAUAGGUAUGAAUGUGAGUGUGAAUGGUUGUUUGUCUAUAUGUGCCCUGUGAUUGGCUGGCCACCAGUCUCGCCCGAAGACAGCUGGGAUAGGCUCCAGCACCCCCUGCGACCCUUGUGAGGAUAAUCAGUUGAAAAUGAAUGAAUGAAUGUGUUCUCCUCCUAUCUUGUGUGGAAGUGGUAACUUUUUGGCUUCUUAUUUUGUCUUUCCCCACCCUCGGCCAUCUCUGUGUGGAGUUUGCAUGUUCUCCCGUGCAUGCGUGGGGUUUCUCCGGGUACUCCGGUUUCCUCACACAUUCCAAAAAACAUGCUAGGUUAAUAAGCGACUCCAAAUUGUCCAUAGGUAUGAAUGUGAGUGUGAAUGGUUGUUUGUCUAUAUGUGCCCUGUGAUUGGCUGGCCACCAGUCCAGGGUGUACCCCGCCUCUCGCCCCAAGACAGCUGGGAUAGGCUCCAGCACCCCCUGCGACCCUCGUGAGGAUAAUUGGUAGAAAAUGAAUGAAUGAAUGUGUUCUCCUCCUAUUUUGUGUGGAAGUGGUAACUUUUGGGCUUCUUAUUUUGUCUUUCCACCACCCUCGGCCAUCUUUGUGUGGAGUUUGCAUGUUCUCCCCAGGUACUCCGGUUUCCUCCCACAUUCCAAAAACAUGCUAGGUUAAUUAGCGACUGAAUGAAUGUGAGUGUGAAUGGUUGUUUGUCUAGAAAAUGAAUGAAUGAAUGAAUUAAAUGCAAAGAGGCAAAAGUAUUUAGGCACCUCUUCAUGCACUCAUUGAUGAAUUAUAGGUUGGUCUUGUGGUAUUGAAAAAAAAAAACAGAAAUACAAAGAGAACAAAAUGUAUGUUUUCUGCCUAUCAGCGAGGAUGUGCAGUUGAUGCCAAUUUUUUGGGGCGACUGUGUGGACAAAAAAAAAAAAAACAAUAAUUAAUACAGCGUAUCACUGCCUUCGCACAAACUGAAAGAAAUGAGUUCCUGUUCUUUUUUUUUUUUUUCUUUUUUUUAAGCGGACUGCACGAAUCACUGCGGCACAUUGCUGACAUGGAAAGGUCUACCGUGCGUACUCGUAUUCACAUUUUGUGUUACUUCCACUUUAGAAAGUUCAAACGACCA